AUGCGGAGUCGGCGUGAAAUCGCCGCGCCAUCUGAUGUGGAUUGUUCUGGAAAAAUAAUUAUUCAGAAUAUACAAACCAAAUUGUAUUCUAGCUGUGCCGUUGUGAAGUUUUCAACAGACCUUGAAGCCGCAGGCGCGGUUCAGUGUGAAAACGGUAUUCGUCGUUUUGGUUCAAUGGUUUCAAUCAAACACGCCGAGCCAGAGACAUUGCGGCUGCUCGAGCGAUCAAAGACUCCAGUAGGUUAUUCAGGAGAGAGGCAAAAGUCAUCGCCUUCUCGGCGUUCCGUUUCUCAGUCUAGGCGUAGUAUCAGCCCUCGAUCCAGCUCCCCAGGCAGACGUUCGAGUAGGAGCGGACCGGCACCUGUAAGGGAUAAUCAUCCUUUAACCUGGCUUUCUGAGGCUGCUGACCAAUCGGGUAUGUCAAAGACUGUUGGCUGGUCCCAUUCGACCUCCGCUGUGGGCGAAGACGGCGGCAACAGUGGUCGUCCCUGGGUGGACCCGACUGGGGAUUCAAAACCAUCUCAACGCCCCUACGAUGUCGCCAUCCUCGCCAUCACCCACGACCUCGUACCUUACGCCGAGGUCGUCCAAGAGCGCGUGCAGUCGGCUGUGCACCAUCCAGAAGCUAAUGGCAAGCUCGUCAUUCCACCUCGCCCUACGUCGCACAUUAUGGUGCUUGUGAAUGUCGACCACCUAGCACCGUGCUUGCAAGAUCUCACAAACGACGGUGUCCUCUUCGCCAUCAUCGUCAACGCUGCAAACUGGACGCACAACUCAUGCACACUUCGCAUUCUUCAUUCCUCUACCCAGCAAGAACACCGGAACAUGCCCCUCCCAGAUGCUAUCAGUCUUCUCUCAAAGGACUACGUCGAGUACGUAGCUGCCGAACUAGCGUCUGCCAAAGCGACGACUCCGUCUUUUUCUCCUCGAGCCCCAUCACCCGAUCACCGUCGUCGCCAACGCCAUCGCCGAGAGUCCUCCGACCGUCGGUCACCUCCUAACGAUAGUCAGACAGCGGUGCCACCGGAUGAUCCCACCUUCCUGGCUCCAAGUCGUCACAUCUCCACACUCCUGCGAAUGCUUGCGGAUUCCCGAGUGUUGUCGGGUGGGGAGUUAGAUGAGUUGGGCGCUUUCGUUGCGGAGAGGCGCGCUCGCCUCACCAACGAGUACUCCACGGCGCCCGAAGACAGCGCAGUUUCCAAUGCCGCACUCAAGUCACGCAUCCUCGAAAUGCUCUAUCCGGGUCUCAAGUCGUCCUCGUCAUUAUCUACUGCUCCAUCGGGAAACCCUCCUCCACCCGCAUCUUGCGGCGGAGUUGGAUUCGCGUCGCCACACACACCCUCCGACCUGGUCAGUAAACUCAAGAACCCCGCUGUUCAACAGGCACUUGAUAGCCUAAUUCGAGCUACUACGCGUGUUCCCAGCGAUAGGAACGAACCCGAGCGUCAGAACUCACUAAAUCAAGACAUUCGCCAAGUCCACCGCGGCGGACUCAAGCGUGGUUCAAACACCGGUGGAAGUCACAUGGAUCCAGAAAGCACAACACCCAAGUAUGCGAAGCGCCCUUCAUUUGGGCAACCGCAACCGCACUAUCAGAAUCCAGCCCAUUUCUCUCAAGUUUCCCACACCAAAGAGAACCUGAGGAAGUCGUCAGCCUCGUUGAAUAAUUGUGGUCCGUCGUUGCUGGGAAGCGGCAGGACCGGUUCAGGAGGUGAGAGCGCACCGAAACAGAUGGCGUCUGUAGGCAUGCCCCAGUGUGGAUCACACUACCCCGACGGCGCUGCCACUGGCAUGCCUUUUGUGUACUUAUCAAUGGGCCAUUUGACACAGCAGACGCCGUCACCAGCGUCACAGAGCCAACCAAAGAGGUGGAACCCGUUCCACCACUAG